AUGACAGACAACUUGAUAAAUGGUCCAGAAGAAGAGAUUGAGUAUUUCAAUCUCGGUAAAAAGUAUAAGCAAUUUACACAGAAAGGAGGAGUAGAGUUUCUACAAAGAUUUUUGACCUCUAUUUCAAAACAGUGUAUCUUGAACAAAAAUUUUCUUAAGAAUUUAUGAGAAGAAAAUAAAUCUUCAAUAAAAGAUCAUGGAACAGAUCCUGACAAAGUACUGAAAAGAAUAACUUCGAUCAAAAUAAAGAGGAAAGGACUCGCCAAAAGAGAUAUAUCGAUGCCUAAAGAGCUAGAGUUCUUGCUGAAAAUGAUUAAAAAGGGAAGGAUAGAAUUUCAAGGUAAAGACACGUUUGCACUCUUACAACUGUGCAAAGUUUUUGUAUUUUUAAAUCGCUAUUUGCAGAGAUCAUAUGUGAAGUAAACAGAAAUUCAUGUUUGCCAAUUUUAUGGAACUAAAUUUACAUUUUGCAAGUUUGAAAGUAACUCCGCAUGUUUCUACCCAGUAGAAUCACAAGAAUAGAUCAUUAUUUUGGUUCCAGUCUCCCAUUUCUCUUUUUUAGAAACAUACAAUUUUAGUUUAAGAUUAAAGGCUGAAAAGUUUUAUUGUGAAAAGAGUAUUACUCCAACCGUUUUUUAUGCAUAUCUCUAAUUCUGAAUCAAUCUGAGCAAAGAUAGCUGUUUGAAGUAAAAAGACCAAAAUUAUAUUAAUUCAAAGUCUUGAGUGUGAGUCUAAUUGCUACUAUGCAGGAAUUUUUAUUAUCUCUACAAGCACAACACUUGAAUUUAGUUGCUUUUUUUUAGCUUUCAAUGGAAUUUUAUUUUAAACAGUUCCACACACCGAAUAUCUGGGUUAGACCAUUCUCUCUCAUAACCCAUAAGUAUUAAUAUUCAGUUCAUUUUAAGUACGCUUAUUUC